AUGCGCCUUAAACGUUUUCUUCUACGAUAUUAUCCUCCAGGAAUUAUUCUUGAAUAUGAACAGAGCAAUGUAUUAAAAACGAAAUCAAUUGAUUUACUUGAUCUUAAACCUGACACUGAUAUCAAUAGUGUUGUUGAGGAAAUUGUAAAAAAAGAACCUUUAAUUACAGCAACAAAAGUUGAUAAAGUUAAAGAAUUAAUUGAAAGAUUGCAAGAAAAAAUUUCUCAUCAAGAAGAUAGACGUUUUUAUUUAUUUAAAGUACUUCGUGCUCAUAUACUUCCAUUAACAUAUGUAGCAUUCAAUAAAUCUGGUUCAGUAUUUAUUACCGGUUCAUAUGAUCGCACAUGUAAAGUAUGGGAUACAGCAUCAGGUGAAGAAUUACAUACACUUGAAGGACACAAAAAUGUUGUUUAUGCUAUAGCAUUUAAUAAUCCAUACGGAGAUAAAAUAGCAACUGGUUCAUUUGAUAAAACCGCUUGUAUUUGGAGUACAGAACGUGGCACAUGUUAUCAUACACUUCGUGGUCAUACUGGUGAAAUAGUAUGCCUUGCAUUUAAUCCUCAAAGCACAGUUUUAGUAACUGGUAGUAUGGAUCAUACAGCUAAAUUAUGGGAUAUUGUUUCUGGCACAGAAAUAGCUAGUUUACAUGGUCACACAGGUGAAAUAAUAUCAGUUAGUUUUAAUACAAGAGGUGAUCAAGUAAUAACAGCUUCAUUUGAUCGUACUGUUGCUAUAUGGGAUGUUCGCACUGGAAAUAAAAUUCAUACAUUAAUUAGUCAUACAGCUGAAGUAAGCAGUGCACAAUUUAAUUGGGAUUGUAGUCGAAUAGUGACUGCUAGUAUGGAUAAAACAUGUAAAUUAUGGGAUGCAUUAUCUGGUGAAUGUAUUGCAACAUUAAGAGGACAUGAAGAUGAAGUACUUGAUGUUGUAUUUGAUUCUACUGGUCAAUAUAUAGCAACAGCAUCAGCUGAUAAGACUGGACGUGUAUAUGAUGCAUUCAGUCAAUUAUGUAUAGCUACAUUAACAGGACAUCAAGCUGAAAUAUCUAAAAUUGUUUUUAAUUCACAAGGCAAUCGUUUAAUUACAGCGAGUGCGGAUAAAACAGCUCGAAUUUGGGAUCCACUAACAGGUGAAUGUAAACAAAUACUUGAAGGACAUACAGAUGAAAUAUUUAGUUGUGCUUUUAAUUAUGAAGGAAAUACAAUUAUUACAGGCAGUAAAGAUAAUACAUGUCGAAUCUGGCGAUGA